AUGCCACUCACCGACGAAGACGCAGCCGUGCAGGCGAUCGCAGCCCUCGAUCCCUUGUCGAAUGAGCAGGAGGAAGCCAAGUUGAAGAUCGACAGCAUCCUGACAUCUGAGACUCCUUUCGUCGACAUCCACGAGCUCUUCUCGCUCCACGACAUUAUCUACUUUCGCAGCCUGUUAGGGCCAAGAGUCGAAGUAUCCUGGUCCCCUCGCCUGACCUUAUGCGCCGGCAUCUGCGAGCUCAUCCGCGAUCCGCAGAACGGCAACAAGUUCACGCGGAUCCGUCUGAAGCUCUCUGAACCUUUGCUCAAAUAUCGGCCGAGGAGUGAUGUGAUCAAUACGCUGCUCCACGAAGCAAUUCACGCCUACUUCUUCAUCACGACUUCUUGGCGCCACAGCCGUGGAGAGGAUGGUACAGGUCACGGCGCUGGGUUCUUACUCUUCGCGGACGCCAUCAAUAAUCACCGUGGAUAUGAUAUCAGCGUCUAUCAUACGUUCCAUGAUGAGGUCGACUCGUAUCGCACGCAUGUCUGGCAAUGCGAUGGGCCUUGUAAGCUACAAGCUCCCUUCUUUGGAGUGGUUAAGCGAGCUAUGAAUCGCGCGCCGGGGAAGGGUGAUGUGUGGUGGAAGAAGCAUGAAGAGGAAUGCGGAGGGACGUUUGUCAAAGUUGCGGAACCGGAGUUGAGCAAGAAGCAGGUCGAGAAGUUGAGUGGGUUGGAAAGGGCGGGGAGGCAGAAGAGUAAGAUUGAUGUGUGGGUGAAGAAGUCGGAUGUGGGGGUGGAGGGCAACGAAAAGGCUACGGAUGGUCUCGACUGCAAGCGAAGUCGGGAUGCAGUAGAUGAUACGGAAGAAAUGACGAAGAAAGCAAAGCAGACCCUGCUCUGCCCGAUAUGCAGCCAAGACAUCGCCGGCGACGAGAUCAACGAGCAUCUGGAUAUGGAAAGGACUGCAAACCUAUUUCGAUACGACCUGACCAUCAAGCUCUACAUCGGAGCAGAUACCGAAAGCCCCCCCUACGUGGUCCGCAAAAGCGAGCUGGUCGAUGCUUCUUCCUACUUCCGCACUGCCUUGGCCCCAAUCCACUAUGACUCUGAAGACCCGCCAGUAAUCUUCACCUCCCCUGAAGGAGAUAAGCUCGGAUGGCAGAUCUUCUUCGCCUGGCUCAGCAGUCAUCGCAUCCCUUUCAUCGAUUCAACCAGCGACGAAGCCAAGAAGUACUAUCGUGCACUCUUACAUGCCUACCAGGUUAGCAAGGAUCUCGAAGCCGACGGCUUCCGCGACGAGAUCAUCCGCGCCUUCUCCGUGAGCUCGGUGGAAUGCGACGUCCCCACUGUGGUUGCAGAGGAGAUCUUGAAGGUCACUCCACCUGGCGACACUCUGCGUCAGCUAGUGGUCCAUCGCCUCGCUGUCGCCUGUGUGAGGGACGGUGGCUGGAAAUGUUACGCAUGGAUGGGAGCGUAUGAAGAUGCGUUUGUGCAGUUGUUGGAGGAAACCCGGGCACUUUCAAGCAACUACGAUGACGCGCCGCCUCCAAACUGUACUCUGCAUGACCUGGACCCGACCAACCGCGACGAUACGCCUUUUUCGAGCUGGGCUCUGGAAGACCUGGACCUGACCAAGCGCGAUGCCACGCCGGCUUCGGUGUGUUCUCUGGAUGACCUAGACCCUGCGUUCUUGCUCGAUCUUCAGUGAACCUGCGAAUUCGACCAGGAGCGAGCAAGUUAGACAAGAGUCUCACGAAGGCAUUUAGAGGGGACAACUCAGAUCAUCAGCGAUACAUUUCUAUUUGAAGGCAGUGAAGUACCGCCACA